UAUCUGUUGCCGACGACUAAUGCUGCAACCCUGGAAAUUUUGAUAACAAAGUCCAUGACUUACCUCUGAGAUCGAGAAAGAGAAGGAAAUCAGAGAGGGAUCUUGUGUACGAAGCGUGCAGGGAGAUGGACCAUAGUAUGCACCAUGGACACGUGCAUGGCACUACGCCGCCUGCCAUAACUGGAGGUCACGGGGGCCACACCAUGGACCACACCAUGGAUCACGGUGACCACGGUGACCACGGAGGCGAUAUGGGCCACAUGAUGCAAAUGACAUUCUACUUUGGCUACACAAAUGUGGAGCUCCUGUUUGCUGGACUGGUUAUCAACACACCCGGGGCGAUGGCAGGUGCAUGCAUUGGCGUCUUCCUGUUAGCCGUGUUCUAUGAAGGACUGAAGAUUGGCAGGGAGUUCCUGCUCAGACGUAACCAAGUGAACGUUCGCUACAACUCUAUGCCUGUCCCUGGCGCUGAUGGAACUGUGUUAAUGGAGACCCACAAAACGGUUGGGCAGCGGAUGCUCAGUCUCCCGCACACGCUUCAGACGGUGUUGCACAUCAUCCAGGUGGUUGUCAGCUACUUCCUCAUGCUGGUGUUCAUGACCUACAAUGGCUACCUCUGUAUCGCCGUGGCAGCAGGUGCAGGGGUGGGCUACUUUCUGUUCAGCUGGAAGAAGGCAGUGGUGGUAGACAUCACGGAACAUUGCCAUUAGCCCCCAAAUGACAUCCCCCCCCCCACUCCUCCUUUAGCCUCUCCUUCACCCCCUACCCCCAACACUCUCACAUACACAGACAUAUGCAUAUUUUGGUCAUGUGAAGACACUUCACUGGUGAGCCUUCAGGUGGGCCUUACACAUACACAGACAUAAUGAUACAUAGUUUCUGGUUAUUAUAUUUUAAGUUAGGCCCCUUUAUUCAGGGUUUUGGAUGGGUGGUUCCAAGUUCAUUGGAAACGAGCACCCCCAACCCUUACCCAGGCUACUGUUACCAAAUGCAGUCUGCCUUAAUGAGUUGGUCACUAUGGGUGAGGAAAAAAAAAACACUUUAUGAUCUUUUACUCAUCACUAUCAGGGGAGUUACUGAUACUGUAUCCAGUCCCCGGUUCGUGCCAGUUUCUCAGUAAUUUCUGUUCUUCAGUGUCCGUUGGUGGACUACUUGUCUCAGUCCUAUCGCCGUACUAUUAGUGACAUUCCUUUGAGGUCCACUGCUUCAGCCAUCCAGAUCUGUAGCCUGGAUGGCCUUUAAAAUCUACCCUCUGCCGAUUGGCCCACACUAACUCAUCAAUAGUGAACACAUCUAUGUCCAGCCAUAUAUAUAUAUAUUAAGGCUGUGUUCACACUGGUAUUUGUUAACUAUAGUAUUAUCGCUGGAUCACUCUGGAAUCCUUGAUGUUCUGUGUAGUUUCAGUUUAGCCAUAUCCACCACACCUCUGUGUACACCAAGGGAUAACUCAUCCAUAUGAGGCUGAGGGUGCUGUCCGGGGCUGUAUGACCGAGCCUUAUCUAACCUUUUUGCCUUAAAAUGAGGGAAACACACACAUCCUGCGCUGGGCCAGCUGUAGACUGUCGGGACUUGUCUCUCAGUCUACAUGGAAGUGCCAUCCUGUAACUCACAUUAAUGAACCUAAUAGGAACCUGCUAUGUUAGAUCUCAAGGAACACUUGUGGCAAAAUGUGUAUGUGUCUCCCUCUUGAGCAGCUGUUUUCUGUUUUGUGUUGUGUGUUGAUAGCAGGUAACUGAUGAUGUAAGGUUAAUGGCUAGCUGAAUCUAUAUGAAGAUAUAUAAUAUAUAUUGUGAUGGGGUGGGGAGGGCGAGAAGCGAUGCCCAAUUAUGUUGAAACAAGGUCCCAUGCAUUGUGGUAUCUGAAGACUACUCGGAAUACCCGGAAGUGGUUUGUCUGUAAUGGGUACACUGAAGGGUCCACUCUGUAGGCAUGUAACUGUUGGGACUCGGUUAGAUGGACCUCAGUGAGGUAUGAAACGGCAUCUGUAUUUUGAGAGAACAUGUAAAUUCUAUAACAUAAAAAUUUAGAUGUUGCCAGUAACACACACGUCAUUUAGAUAUUUGUUUUCAGUUAAUUAUGUCACACACAAGCACUGUGCUGUAAGUGUAGACUGAUCCUCCCACCCCUUGACAAUCCGCAACCCACAAACCAAUUUCUUUACGUACUGUUUUAUAAAGCAGAUCAUCAUUUCAUUGCUAAAGAUGUGUUGAUCAUAUGUAAUGUGCCCAAAAGAUUCUGGCUAUUAAUAAGAAAUCCACAAGCGAGGGGCUUUUGCUGUGCUGCCUACAAUCGGGAGUUUUGGUAGGUCAUUCCAACAAAGGGGAAAAUUCCGUAGUAACAUCAGGGAUAAAAGGGAGAGCAGCUCAUCCAUAGCUGUUCUACGCACCUAGAAUUUCUCUCUGUUUAUUCUGUUGGUUCAUGGAUCCUAUUACAGCAAGGAAUUCUGGGAAAGCAGAAGGCUGGAACCAAUGCUUUCCAUAGAGACUAGACACUACCUGACUUCAAGUUAGCCCUUUCAGAGUGGGUUUAUAAUUGUUGGCAGACUGAUUAUCAGAUAGAAUCUGCCAGUGUAAUAUUUUUAAAUAACUGUUUUAGUUUGAGCGAAUGCAGUUUUAUAAUUUCUGAUGUAAAAUGUAGUGACGUUUGUACAACUUGCCAGAUAGACAUUGUGUAAUGCAGGGUUAGUGGUCAAAUCUCUUAUUCUCUGAAAUGCCUUAUAUAUGACAAGAAAUAUGACCAUGUUAAAAACUAGGAUAUCCAUUCAGAAAGAAAAGUCGUUUUGCUUUAGCUGAUUAUGAAGUAAACGUUGAGAUUAAGAUCAAGGGCCCAACUGUUAAAGGGAUUUGCCUGCUACUCCUGUCCAACACUAUUGUGAACUUUUUCUGGACUGUUUACAGUUCGCUGUGACAUAUGUAUAGUUGGCAUUUACUUUGUAAUUGUCUAGUGAGCAUCAAUAAAUGAUAUGUGAUUGAAGAGCACAUAAACCUC